UGUUUAACAAAAUUACUAAACUUAUCUUAAAUAGCUACAGUAAAAGAAUACUGCGAUAAAACUGAAAAAAGGCAGAUAACUUAUAGAAUACGAAACAUACGGAAUUAAAUUAAAAAACGGAAAACUUUAACAACAAGUAAUAACCUUAAAGUUAAAUGCGAACCAAGUAAAUUGACAAUCACAAAAGAACUUGUUCCCAACAGUUGACUGUCUUACCAAGUGAAAAUAUUGCUGCUGCUGUUUUAGUUGGUGCUUACAGAAAGGAAUGACAAAGUACAAAAUGCUGCAACAUGUAAAUUUGCUUUAUUUUGCGCUGAUCAUGAUGUCAUUCUUUAACAGAGCGAUAGCAGAAUCGACGCAGUAUAUUACGCCGGCUAGAAUUCUAGCCAAACAAACUGGUGCCACACAUUUUGAGGAGGAGCGUUACGAGACGCAAACCAACUGCAAUGAUCAAAAACAUCAUUUGAGAAAACGUGCGUCCGACGAGGAUGUCGAUUAUGAGGUUUACCAGGGUGUGGUGGGCCGACCAGGCAUUGAUUUUCCUAUUUAUCCGCGCAUACCAAAAACUACGUUCAGCUGCCGAUCUUAUGGUAAUGGGUAUUUUGCCGACAUGGAAACGGACUGUCAGGUAUUUCACAUUUGCGAAGAAGGACGCAAGAUCUCGUUCCUGUGCCCCAACGGUACAAUUUUCCAACAGAGCGAGCUCACCUGCGACUGGUGGUUCAAAGUCAACUGCCUUGGUUCAUCAGGUUACUAUGCAGAGAGUGCAGAGAUUCUGAGCAAACAGCGAGUACAUAAAGUACGACCGUCAGUGCCCGUGCAGGGCUUUAACAUUGUCGGGGGAGGCCUCAACAUCAAGCCAAAAGUCACGCCUCUUGUAGGUAAGGCGCGUUCCAACCCACACUCCGCAAGCAAGUCAGAUAGGCGUAUCGACUCCACAGAAGACAUACAUGUGUCUCUCGACUUUGAUGAUGUAUCCGGCGAGAAGCAGCACAAGGUUAUACCAAACAUCGAAAGCAACGCCCAUGAGCAUUAUCAUGAAACACAGAUUACCGCCGAGAGCUCCUCUUUUGUCAGCAGUCCCGGCAAGAAACGUACUGGAUCCACCAACACCUUUCAUGUCGACAGCAACAACUCCUUGCUAAAGCCAGCACACUCUCGCAGCAGCAUAUUACAGGAGCGCACCUCUCAAUUCAGGGAGCGACCAAGACAUGCCCAUAGAGGCCAACAGCGCUACAAGGAUACGGACAGUCAGGAGCUGCAAACAGCGGCGGAAAUAAGGAGCAAGGAAAACGUGAGCUUCACUUUGGACCCACAUUCUUCUUCCCGUGUGGUUCAGCAGACAACACCUUCCUAUGUGCCCAACAGCUACUCAACAGCGCGUCGCCAUGAGCCGAGCAAGACGACACCCUUCUACACACCUACUGUGCCUAGCAUAUCUAAACUCAAGAGCACCGAUAGCAAACUUAAGGGUGCACAUAUUAACUCAACCACGCCAAAUCCUAAUCGGUUUAAUGGUGUUCUGACGACCCUCCUCCUGGAUUCCUCCAAGUCUCCCAAAAGCUCCAGUCUAGAGGUUGACAAUAUCUAUCGACCUGUAGUGAUUGGCAUGCGCCAUUAUGAUAUGGCCAAUUCAGAAGAGCAGCUAAAGCAACUGCCUGCUAAGAAGUUAAACGUUAUUCGCGACUAUUUGGAUACCACAGUAGUUCCCACGGUCACUAGCAACGGACCCACUUACCUGCCCAAGAGCUCCAACUCACCUAGAGCAACUGCGGCUAAUGAAGAUGCACUGCUCUUUGCACCCAAUCCCGCCAGCGUGGAGUCUAUCUACCGUAACGUACAGGAAAUGCUUAAGACGGUCAGUCUUCUCAAAGAUAAAUUUAAGGAGGGCACGUCGAACACAGCUCGUGCUGGUCUGGACAUACCGCCAUCCUCGGGUCCAGAUGCGCUCGUUUCUUUAGCAAAAUACUUUGCUCAGGAGCAAAAUGAUUCAGCCAAUUCACUAAACAGUCCGCUAAAUAAUCGUAUUGUCCAGCCAAAAAUACCGGUAAUGAAUUUCCUACCCGCGACAUCGCCCUCCGACUCUACUGUAACCUUAACCACCUCUGAAGCGCCACCAAACAUAAGUGAGCAAGCCGACGACAUUAAACAGAGCCUGCUUAGUGCCAAAACUGUCCAAAAGUACAGCAAUCUUUUUGGCCUCAAGACAACAAAUGGUCGCCAGGGUCAGUCUGGUUCUGAUGGCAAAUCCUACAUAAGCUUAGAUGUGCUGUCCAAUGCAACGCAGUCAAAGGCAUCCCAGAAUACAGAUUACCAGCAGUUCCCACAGGUGGGUAGCACAGGUUCUAGUAUAAGCGAACUGGCGGAGCAACCUGAUUCGCGCAAGAUCGCGCAAAUCUUCUCGAAUGCCCUCUCAAGCUACCUGGAUAGCCCAGGAAACUUUAGAGCCGAGUUAGCAGCUCGUGCUCGCCCUACAGAACCAACCAACGUCAAAGUUGAAUCCACAACGUACUCAAUGCUCUUCAGCGAUGGUACUGCAAAGUACUAUUUGCCAACUAAGACCACUCAUUUGACUUCGGCAAGCACACCCCAAAACAUUGCGGUUGAGAUAAACCACAAGUUUGACUCGACACUGGCACCCGAAAGCUCGACAACCACAGAUAUACAAGAGUUAACUACAAAGCGAUCUCAGAGCUUACUGGAGUUGUCGGCAGAGCUUUCGCCGAACAGUUCCGACUCUGGCGAAGGUAAUGAGUUUCUGUUGCAACAGCAAACGCAAUCGUUUGUCAAGUCGCGGAACGAUUUGCUUCAGGUCGCACAUCCCCAGAAGCUGAUCACAACCAUUAAGCCAAAACCAACAGAGUAUCCCUGGACGCUAAAAUCCCAAACGGACUUUCUCGACCCUCUGACCAUCAAUGAUGCCCUGAUGAAGGAGCAGCGCACAACCACAAUGACGUCUCCGUUCAAUUAUUUGCCCAGAUCCCUGGGCACGCCAACUGUCGCGCCCAUGACCACAGGCGUUCGGUACGAGUGGGAGGAUAUAUUCAAAACCUACGACAUACCACAUGAUGCUCUACCCUCGAGUAGCGGCUUGCAGCGAAUUGCCAACAAGCUCUUUGGCGGCCUAAACGAGCAGGAGGCGUUGCAUCUGCGCAAUGUCAUGGCCAAAGCGGAGCAGGAUCGUCAGGUGCUCAGCCUACUGCUGCUGCUUAUCCAAACCUGCGAUGACCACAACGGCAAGGCUCUCGAGCGUUCGCGCAAGCAUCUUCUCAAUGCUUUAAUCGAUAUUGACAGUAAGUCCGAACGUAAGAAUAUCGACUUAUUUAAGCAAAAGAGUUCGGCAGCGGCAGCCACAACGUCGCGCAUGCCACUGAAGACAUUACGGGGGUCAAAUGGAGAAUUUUAUACUAGCACAGCGACACCACGAUACACGACAAGCACGGAACUGCCUCUAAGCACCAGCACAACAAAUUCAGGUAGCUUCGAAGAGACAACCAAAUUCGAGAUACAUGUUGAGGAUGUGGAGGAUGUGAACCUGGCGGGCAUGACGGCCGCGAUGCCUUUAAUAAGACAAGAACUCAACUCGGAUCGACGUGCUCUAGAGCUACUCAAGUCAUUAUACUCGCUGGCAUCGAAAUUCAGCAGCAGGCGAUAGGGUUGCUAGGAGUAACGGUUCCCGAUUCCUAAUAAGCGACAACGCUCGCAGUACUGUUUCCGGAGAUUCCGGAGGCGUGCAAACGAUUUGCUUAACUUUUAGUCAACUGUCUCCCAUUCUCCCACUUUUCCUAAGAUAAUAAAAAAAUGCGAUUCUCUUAGUUUUUGACCGAUUUUUAUGCAGUUGGUUUGUAAAUAUGUAAAAGUUUGUAACUAAAAAUACUCGAGGUAUUAUGGAUCCUACUAUUCAUCGAACUACGAGUUCGUACAAUUCACAGUUUAAUCAAUCGAAUUGUAUUAGAUUAAUUCCAUAGCUAAUUAUACAGUAAUACAGCUACAAAUACUCAGAAACAUUGAUUUGUGAAACCUGUUUUUGUAUAUAUCCAUGUCUUGCUCUCUUUUUUGUAAAUAUUUAUUUAACGUUAAUAAAGUAAAUAAAAAGAACGAAUUAAAGUUGGGUGCAGUCAACUUAUUGAUACAGUUUUACAAGGGCAUCACAGCUAGCACAAAU